CGCUCCUGCUAUAAAGAAUAAUGUCGGUUCUUGGAUUCGACAUCGGUAACCUCAACUGCUACAUUGGCGUUGCACGUCAAGGAGGCAUUGAAGUUAUCACCAAUGACUAUUCUCUGCAUGCCACUCCAGCUUGCGUAUCUUUUGGACCAAAAGAUCGAUCAAUGGGGGUUGCAGCUCGGCAAGCAGUGACCACGAACAUCAAGAACACUGUUAUUAACUUCAAGCAUUUGAUUGGACGAAAAUUCAGUGAUCCUGUUGCGCAAAGAUUCAUUCCAUUCAUCCCGUGUAAAGUGGUUAAACUUCCAAAUGAUGACAUCGGAGUUCAAGUCAGUUAUCUUGGCGAACCUCACACUUUCACCCCAGAACAAGUUCUUGCUGCCCUUCUCACGAAGCUUCGUACUAUUGUGGAAUCUCAACUUUCUGACGUGAAGAAAGUUUCAGAUUGCGUUCUUGCUGUCCCGUCCUACUUCACUGAUGUUCAACGACGCGCUGUUCUCUCAGCUAUUCAAUAUGCCGGAUUGAACUCUCUUCGCAUCGUCAAUGAAACAACUGCAAUUGCUCUAGCCUACGGAAUCUACAAGCAAGAUCUCCCAGAGGAAGAUGCCAAAUCGCGCAACGUCGUGUUCCUUGAUAUCGGUCAUUCGUCAACACAGGCUUCAUUGGUUGCUUUCAAUCGUGGAAAACUUCAGAUGGUUAACACAUCAUACGAUUUGGAGUCUGGUGGUAUUUGGUUCGAUGCUCUUAUUCGAGAGCACUUCAGAAAAGAGUUCAAGACAAAAUACGGAAUUGAUGCCGCAACAUCUCCUCGUCCAUGGCUACGUCUCUUGGACGAAUGUGAGCGUGUGAAGAAGCAAAUGUCAGCAAAUCAAACUCCAAUUCCACUGAACAUUGAAUGCUUUAUGGAGGAUAAGGAUGUUACUGGAAAGAUGCAACGUCAAGAAUUUGAGGAUCUUGCAGCUCCAAUUUUCAACCGUAUCAAGCAGGUUCUCAUUAACUUGUUCGCAGACGGAGUGUCUAUCAAGCCGGAAGAAAUUGACGAGAUCGAAAUUGUCGGAGGAUCUUCAAGAAUUCCGAUGAUCAGAGAGAUUGUCAAGGAUCUUUUCGGAAAGGAACCGAAAACCACGAUGAAUCAAGACGAGGCUGUCGCUCGUGGAGCUGCCAUGCAAUGUGCAAUUCUUUCUCCCACUUUCCGUGUUCGUGAGUUCGCCAUCAAAGAUACUCAGCCAUAUCGUAUUCGUCUCAGCUGGAACAGUACAGGAGAAAACGGAGGAGAAAACGACGUCUUCUCGCCCCGAGACGAGGUUCCAUUCUCCAAACUAGUCUCACUUCUUCGAAGUGGUCCCUUCAAUGUUGAAGCCCAUUACGCUCAACCAAACGUUGUCCCACAUAACCAGGUUCAUAUUGGAUCUUGGAAAGUCAAUGGAGCACGACCAGGUGCCGAUGGUGGUAAUCAGAAGGUUAAGGUGAAGGUUCGUGUUAAUCCAGAUGGUAUCUUCACGAUCGCUUCUGCCACAAUGUAUGAACCAAGAAUUGUCGAGGAAGUUCCAGCUGAGGCAAUGGAAGUGGAUGGAGACGCUAAAACUGAAGCUCCUGCUGAGCCACUGGAACCAGUGAAGAAGACUAAACUUGUUCCAGUUGAUUUGGAAGUUAUUGAGUCGAUUCCAGUCUCUUACGAUGUUCAAAAGUUCCAUAACCUUGAGCUUCAGAUGCAAGAAUCUGACGCUAGAGAAAAGGCCAAGGCUGACGCCAAGAACUCGCUCGAGGAGUACGUUUACGAAAUGCGUGACAAAGUGUCUGAUCAGUAUGCUGAAUUCAUCACCCCGGCUGCCGCUGACGAGUUCCGUUCUGUUCUCACCUCCACCGAAGAUUGGCUUUACGACGAGGGAGAAGAUGCCGAACGAGAUGUUUAUGAGAAGAGGCUCUCCGAGCUCAAAGCAGUGGGAACACCUGUUGUGGAAAGAUAUCGCGAGUCUGAAACCCGAAAACCAGCGUUCGAUUCAUUCGAUCAAUCAAUUAUGCGUGUCAGAAAGGCAUAUGAAGAUUAUGCUAAUGGUGGACCAACCUACGCUCACCUUGAUAGCAAAGAAAUGGAGAAGGUAAUCAAUGCAAUUGAGGACAAGAAGAAAUGGUUGGACGAAGCUCGUCACAAGCAAGAGACUCGUUCCAAGACUGAUGCCCCCGUUGUCUUCACCGAGGAAAUUCUUCAAAAUAAGAAUGUCUUCGAAAAUGUUGUCAACCCUAUCCUCAAUAAGAAGAAGCCGGCCGCACCAGCCCCACCAAAGAAGGAAGAGCCCCAGCCUGCUGCUGGAGAUCAACCACAAUCUCAACCAGGAGAGAUGGAUGUCGAUUAGAUCUCUACAUUUUCUAUCACUUUUCGUAUCAAAGGAUUAUCUCAAUGUUUGAAUGAAUCCCUAUUUUUUCUCUUUUCUUACAAUCCGUUUUCGUGAUCCCUAGUGUGUGUUUUCAUUGUGUUCUCGAUUGUUAAACCCUCGUAGUAAGAUCUCGAAUCGAGCACUUUUGUAUUCGCCCAAUCUGCGUCUUCCUCGCAUACUAGAAAGUUUUAUGUUCCGGUUGUUUUUCUUUUUUUUUAUUAUUUUAAAUAAUUAUUAUAUUUAUUGCCCUCCCAAUUCGUCAUGUCUUAUGACACAAUUUAGUUAUCCCGUUUAAAAAUUCCGAUGCACUUAAAUAAAUACCUCUUGAAA